UCAGAUUACAAGCUACAAUGUUACCAGUGACUGCCUGGAUCUACUUCGGUUUAUGGUCUCUACCCAUUAGCUAUGCAGCAACCCAGGAGAACAAGACUUUGAAGUACUCCAAAUCAGCUGUUGCGCGUCUCACAUAUGACCUGAUGGAUGGGUACCAGAAAGAGGUUAGACCAGUGCGUGACUGGAGAAAGCCCACCAUUGUGUACAUAGAUUUUAUUCUAUAUGCCAUCCUGGGAGUGAAUGAAAAGAGACAAAUGCUGUCAACUUACAUUUGGUACAAGCAGAUAUGGAAAGAUGAAUUUCUUACCUGGGAUCCUAAGGACUAUGAUAAUGUUACUGAGAUCUCCUAUUCAACAGAAAAGAUCUGGACUCCAGACAUGUUUGUUGUAGAAUAUGUGGAUAUUGAAAAGGCCCCAACAGCCCCUUAUGUUGCAGUCAACAAUGAAGGCAGAGUCCUCAAUAGCAAACCCAUGCAAAUAGUGACCACCUGUAACCUUAAUAUCUACUACUUCCCGUUUGAUGUGCAAAACUGUACGUUUACCUUCACCAGCUGGAUUCACAAAAUGAAGGACAUUAAUGUAUCCCUACAUAGAACUCCCGAGGAGAUGAAUAAGAACAUAAGCUUUUUCCAUAGUGAUGGAGAAUGGGAUCUUCUGGAAUUGUUUCCCUACUACAACACAUUCAAAAUAAAAUAUUCUGAGAUAAAGAUUAAUAUAUGUUUUAAAAGAAGACCUAUCUUCUACAUUGUGCAUUUGAUCUUGCCAAGUAUGUUUCUCAUAAUUAUGGAUAUCAUUGCCUUUUAUGUGCCACCGGAGAGUGGAGAAAGGAUCUCUUGCAAGAUUACAAUCCUCUUGGGGUACUCUGUAUUUCUUAUCAUCGUUUCAGAUCACAUGCCUGCAACUUCUAGUGGAACUCCAUUGAUAGGUGUAUAUUUUAUAGUCUGUAUGGCACUGCUUCUGUUCAGCAUCGCAGAAAGUAUUUUCAUAGUCCGAAUAGUUUUUGAAGAAAGGAUCCACCCUGAAGUUCCUGAUUGGGUGAAGAAAUUAGUUCUGGAGAAGAUGGCAGCUAUGCUGUGUAGGCAGAAGUUUAGAAAACAUGUGGAAUCAUGUUAUAACAGCUCCCAUGUAUCCUGGAAAAUUGGUAUCGCUUCUACCGAGAAACUAUCUAAUCUUAACGAAGUGAAUGCAGAAGAUUCAAAUGAAGAGAUUCUGCAAAAAGAAGCAAAUCCUGGAAUUCUGGAUAAAAUCCUCAAAGAGAUAGCAUUCAUCAGAAGUAACCUAGAGAAGAAAGACAAAAAUGCUGUCACCAGGGAGUGGCUACUGGUUGCAUAUAUCCUAGAUGUAUUUAUGUUUCGUGUGGUCCGUGGCUUCCCCGAUUCCCGAAUGCUGUGGCCAGAAAGUAUAGGAGAGGUUUAUGAACAGUAUACUAGAGCUACAGACAAAGGAGACAGCUUCUGUGAUGAAGUGUUUUGGUAUGGAUUGUAA